ACUUUGACAGUCAAGAUGGAUGGUUCCUACAGCGUACAGUGUCCUCCGGACCAGUCGGUUCAUCCUGACAUUGUCGCGUUCCUUCAGUCCUUUUACAGCGUCUCAGAUACGCCAGGGGAAACCGAAAAGUAUGUCGACAUGUUUACAGAGGAUGCUACUUUUGUCCUCGCGUCCAAAAAGGCGGCCGGUCAUGCAGAAAUUACAACCUUGAGACAAGGGAUGUGGGAGGCAGUGGCUUCGCGUAAACAUCAGCUCUUCCAAAUCUUUCCUUUUGGCAAAGGUUCCGACGAAGUAAUGCUCUACGGCACGGUCGCCCUCCAACUCAAGAAUGGUGGCUCGGCCGAGAUUGACUGGGCAGCGAGGGCCGAGCUUGUGAGAUCGGCUGCCGGCGGAAACUAUCGGUUUAAAUACUACCAGGUUUAUCUCGACACGGGCGCGGCAGCGGCGUACAAGAAGUAA